AUGAAGCUCGUACGCUUCCUCAUUAAACUCGCCAACGAAUCCGUUACCGUGGAGCUCAAGAACGGAACUGUGCUUACAGGUACCGUGAUGGGCGUGGACAUCUCGAUGAAUACACAUCUCAAAAAUGUAAAAAUUGUUAACAAGGACAGUGGAUCGGGGACUGAGCCAAACUUUGUUUUGCUGGAUCAUCUAACAGUGAGGGGAAAUAACAUCAGAUAUUUCAUCCUUUCCGACAGCCUUCCACUGGACACGCUACUUAUUGACGACGCGCCAAAGCAGAAACCAAGCAGAGUUCGUCCAGUAAUAGGACGAGGGCGAGGCCGCGGUCGCGGUGGGACGGGACGGAUGAGGGGACGAUACACUGGCGGACGAAGAUGA